UCAGAGGACAUGACAGUUUUUACGUGAAUUUGUCAGCUCAGUUCCUUCGACGCCAGUAUCCUGUACUACGAUGACAAACUCGACAAACUUGUUUGUUUGUUUUUUCCGUCUUAUGCACUUACACCCAGAAAUACCUCGAGACUGAAACCGGCGGUUUAACAGCGACUUGAGCACUGAUUUCACGAAGGCUUCAUAAACAAAAUAGACUCGGUGUGUUGAAAUGGAAGGUCAGAAGCAGGUGAUUGAGAGACUUAGGGCUGCGUUCAGGUCCAAAAUGACCGUUCCCCUGCAUUUCCGUCGCACUCAGCUGGAGGCUCUGCUGUCUUUACUAGAGGAUAACGAGGAACAGAUCUUGGAGGCACUGCAUAAAGACCUCGCCAAGCCCAAGUUUGAGGCAGCGCUGUCAGAAAUCGACAUGGUGUCCAAUGAUCUUCGUUAUACCAUCUGUAACUUGGAAUCCUGGGUGCAGCCAAGCUAUGUGGGGAAAAACCUGGCAACAAAACUAGAUGACUGCUUUGUACGCAGAGAACCUUUAGGGGUUGUGUUGAUUAUCGGCGCAUGGAACUAUCCUCUCCAGCUUAUUAUAGCACCACUGAUAGGUGCUAUUGCUGCAGGAAACUGUGCAGUUCUGAAGCCCUCGGAAAUCAGUCAAGCAACUGAGCGACUCCUCUCAGAGCUAAUACCAAAAUACCUGUCUCAGGAGUGCUUCGCUGUUAUUUGUGGAGGAGCAGAGGAAACCAAAUUAUUGUUGCAGAACCGAUUUGACCAUAUUUUCUACACAGGCUCUCAGGUGGUGGCACGGAGCAUCCUGCAGGCAGCAGCAGUGCAUCUCACCCCUGUCACUCUGGAGCUGGGUGGAAAAUGCCCGUGCCUCAUUUACGGCCGCCUAGACAUCAAGGCUGCUGCGAAGAGGCUUGUAUGGGCCAAGUUUUUCAACGUAGGGCAGAGCUGUGUGGCACCAGAUUAUGUCCUGUGCACAGUAGAGAUGCGAGAUGCACUGAUUCCCAUGAUCAGAGAAGCACUGGAGAGCUUCUAUGGGCAGCAGAUUCAAGAGAGCCCGGACUAUGGCCGAAUCGUGACAGAUAGACACUGGAACAGACUCAUGGAGCUCCUGGGAAAAUCUCAAGGAAAGGUGGUCAUAGGAGGAGAAAGCGUGAAAGAGGACAAAUACAUUGCUCCCACAGUGCUUGUGGACGUGACCGAAUCAGACGUUCUAAUGCAAGAGGAAAUCUUUGGCCCCAUUCUUCCCAUCCUCACUGUGGAGACUGUAGAGCAAGGCAUCCGUUUCAUCAACGAGAGAGAGAAGCCACUGGCACUCUAUGUGUUUUCUGAUCAGUCUCAGGUGGUGAAUACAGUAUUAGAGCAGACCAGCAGUGGAGGGUUUUGCUCAAAUGAUGGAAUAGUUCACAUGACACUUCCUGGUUUGCCUUUUGGAGGAGUAGGUGCAAGCGGGAUGGGCAGUUAUCACGGCCGCUGGGGCUUUGAGACGUUCAGUCACAGACGGGCGUGCAUGCUGCGAGGCUGGGGACUCGAGCGCAUCAGCGUGCUACGGUAUCCUCCAUACCAAGAGUCGAACCUGGGCUGGCUGCGCUGGGCCACACAGGCCAAAAAGAACGGUUGGGGAGCAUGCAGCAUCCUUUGAAUUUUGUCCUGUUUGCUGAACAUAUGGCUUUUACCAGUUCUUGGUAUGGUUUUUAUGUUCUUGGUUGGUCAGUGUAAGGAAACCAAGCAUGUAAAAGCACACAAGAAAUAAAAAGCUAUAUGCUGUUUGUGUGCUACACACUGGAAAAAAUGACACUUUUUCUAUCUUUACUUAAUAACAACACUGUCUACUCCAACACUAUCUAGUCACUACGAUGACUCAAUGGUUUGGUACAUGUUUUCUGAAUACGAAACCAGUCAUGAUGUGUCCCAUUUCCUGUUUUAAUUAAAGUAAAUGUUACAUAUUACAUCAUGUAAAUAUUCAGCCAGAGUACAUGAGGUUGCAUUUGUGAUAUUGUGUUAAAUUUAUCCUUAAAAAUAAAACACUGUACACUU